AUGCCCGUAUACAACUUCAAAAAGAUGAGCCCUGUGCCCUCGGCACCGGAUCUCAUCGACAUUGUCUUGAUGCGAACCCAACGCCGGACUCCAACUGUAAUUCAUCCAGGCUACAAGAUCAAUCGCAUUCGUUCCUUCUACAUGCGGAAGAUUAAAUUUACUCAGCAAACAAUUUCUGAGAGGUUGAGCAAGAUGCUAACUGACUUUCCGCGGCUUAAUGACAUCCACCCAUUCUACGCAGAUCUAUGCAACACUUUAUACGAUAGAGACCAUUACAAGCUUGCCCUAGGUCAGCUAAAUACUGCCCGCUCGCUAGUUGAUCAAAUCGCGCGAGAUAUGAUUCGUAUGGUUAAAUAUGCAGACUCCGCCUAUCGCUGCAAGUGCCUCAAGCGCGCAGCACUUGGACGCAUGUGCACUGUGCUGAAGCGUCAGAAGGCUUCACUGGCCUACCUGGAAGAAGUCAGGAAACAUCUUUCUCGCUUGCCUUCAUUGGACCCUAAUACUCGCACCAUUCUAAUGUGUGGACUUCCAAAUGUGGGAAAAUCGAGUUUUAUGAACAAAAUCACAAGAGGAAAUGUCGAUGUCCAGCCUUACGCAUUUACAACGAAAUCUCUCUUUGUUGGUCACUGUGACUACAAGUAUCUUCGCUGGCAAGUGAUCGAUACGCCUGGUAUUCUGGACCACUCUCUUGAGCAAAGAAACACGAUUGAAAUGCAGGCCAUUAUUGCUCUUGCACACUUGACAUGCAGCGUUCUUUACUUUUGCGACCCUUCCGAGCAAUGUGGGUAUACUGUCGAACAACAAUGCUCCCUUUUCCGUAGCAUUAAGCCGCUGUUUGCAAACAAACAACUCAUCAUCAUUGUCAAUAAGGUAGAUCAAUUGCCAUGGGACGAAGUGCAACCGGAGAAACGGGAGAUGAUAGAAGAUCUAGGUAGAGACGCCAACUGUUCCAUUAUGACCAUGUCAAACAUAUCUGAGCAUGGAGUGUCUGCUGUCAAAGCCGCCGCUUGCGACAAACUGUUGGAGAAGCGUGUAGAUGCUCGAGUUGCAGGGAAAAAGGUGGAUGGGGUAAUGAAUCGCUUGCAAGUCUUUCAUCCCACCCCCAGAGAUGGUGUCCAUAGGCAGGCUCAUAUUCCGGAUUCCGUCAAGCAGGCAGUUGCCGAUGGUAGAAUUGGAUCUGCUGACCACAAGCCGAAGCGCUCUAGAAAAGGAUAUGCUGAAACUGUCGAUGACAUCGACAAAAAUGACGAGGAUGCCACCAUGGAUGUUUCUGGGCAAUUGAAAACAGCACGUGAUCUUAUGUGGGAAAAUGGCGGUCCUGGUGUUUGGGCACCCGAUUACAGAGAGCAAUACGAUCUAAAGGAUAAGGAUUGGCGAUUCGAUGCGAUUCCAGAGAUCAUGGACGGAAAGAAUAUCGCUGACUUUGUUGAUCCUGACAUUGAGAAGAAACUUGCGGAACUGGAGGACGAAGAAGAACAGCUACUCGAGGAACUUGCUGCACAGCGAAUGGGAGAGGAACCAGACUCUGACCUUGACAGCGAGGAGGAAGCUGCAGUAGCUGCAAUCAGAGACAGAAAGAAAAUAAUAAAAAAUAUAUCUCAAGCAAAUCGCUCCGAGAAUAAGCCAGUUCUUCCCCGAAGCAUUCGUGGAAGGACAAAAGACAAACAUGAUCGUGGUGACCGCAAUAAGGAUGUGGUCAAGGACAAGAUGGAGAGGCUUGGAGUUGAUGCAAGCAUCAUGAUCAAACGCGGCCGAUCGCUUGACAAAACACGUGGAAGAAAGAGAGGAAUAUCUGUCAGCAGGGAUGUAGAAAUGGACAACUCUAACGAUUCACCAGGGACUGAAAUUAGCAAGACGCAGACGAAGAAGCAAAGACGAUCACGAAGUGAGGCUGCAAAACGCGAAGCUAGUAUUUCGCGCGGCCAUUCUCGGCCUCGUGAUCCUUCACAGAUCGGUCUCCAUUCUGAUGCAGCAGUUGAAGCGGCCAAAAAACUUGAGAAGCAAGGUCGUCGGAUGUGGGAAGGUGGUGCUGGGGAGGGCGACAAUCGUAAAGCCGUACACUUGGUGAGAUGGAUGAAUACUGGAAAGAAAAGAAAUGGAACCCAUUACUGCCGUUAA